AUGUGGAAAUAUGUAACGCGUCGUAUCAGGGAUACUUUCGAAAGAAGUGCUAGCCAUUUUGAUAGAUGUAGCACUACCGUUGUAAACAGUGCACCAGGAAAUUUCAGUGAAGAAAAAAAUAAGCAACCUUGCUGUAAAUGGUUUUCAAGAAAUUGCACUUCUUUUGAAAACGAUAGUGGCCCGAACAGGAAGAAAUGGAACUUCGAUUAUCUGAACAAAAGUUGGAUGGAUGCCAUCACAUGGAGUGGCGCACUUGUUCUGGGAUGGUAUACUAGUCAGAUAAUUCACUUAAAGUUAAAACAUCAUUUGAGAGUCAAUCAGAGCAAAUGUCUUACAGUGAAUGAUAUAAUUACCUCUUUAAAGCCACACAUAAGUAGUGGAGAGAAGAAUAAUUUUUACUUAACAUCUGCACCUAAAAUCAGUAUAGUUGUGUCAGACUUUGCUCCUAGAGUGCAUUUAGUAUCAAAUGAGUCUUAUCAUACUGAGUCUGGAUGUAAAAAUGAAAAAUCUGCACAAUCUGGAAGUAGCACAAGUCAAGAUAGCUCUACUGAUGACUUGGGAGAGGUCUUAAACUCUAUUGAGAAUAAACUUGGUCUUGCAGCCAUUGAAAAUGGACAGUAUCAAGACGGGCUAAAUUUGCUAAGAUCUGCUGCAAAUCGCAACCAUGCACCAGCUAUGUACAAUUUAGGCCUCUGUUAUGAGAAUGGCUUGGGAGUAUCAACCAAUGAAAAAAUGGCAAUGGAGUUUUAUAGAUCAGCUGCUGCUUUAAAACACCCAGGUGCUCUAUAUAACCUGGGUGUAUUUUAUGGUCAAGGUCGGGGAGGGCUCAAAAUUGACCAAGAAACUGCAACCCGAUUGUUACGACUUGCUGCAGUGCAAGGACAACAGGAUGCUAUAAAUGCUCUCAAAGCACUUGAAGAUACAAUCCCCGAAAAUCCUAACAAAGAUCGAAAUGGCUGGAGUUAUCCACACUCACCAUUCUUACAGAAUGACAAUUAUAUUCCAACACAAACAAGAUUAUUUGUUGAAAAUAUUAACUGUUUACAGGCACAAGUGUGA